GCGCCGGGGGGGGCGGGGCCGCCCCCGCCCCGGUCCCCCGCACCUUUGAACGAUGAUCACAGUCAACGCGGAUGGGAAAAUAAUGGUCAGAAGAUGUCUGGUCACCUUGAGACCCUUUAGGAUAUUCGUGCUGGGCAUUGGAUUUUUCACCCUAUGCUUCUUAAUGACGUCACUGGGAGGGCAGUUCUCGGCCAAGCGUCUGGGGGACUCUCCCUUCACCAUCCGCACCGAAGUGAUGGGCGCCCUGGAGUCCCGAGGGGUGCUGAGGAAAAUGAGCGACAUGCUGGAGAUGCUGAUGAAGAGGAUGGACAUCCUGGCUAGGCUGGAGAAUAGCAGUGACUUCCACAAAGGGGACGAAGCACGCUUCCCUCUGGACAGGUUCCAGCCAGCAGCUGGUUUAAUGGAGAGGAUCCAAGCUAUAGCUCAAAAUGUCUCGGACAUUGCAAUAAAAGUAGAUCAGAUUCUCCGGAACAGCCUCAUGAAUGGAAAAGUGAUGGACAGCAGGAGAGACCAGUGUGAGGUGCCCAGGGACCCCAAGUACCCUGACUGCGCUGGAAAAGUGGAGUGGAUGAGGGCCAGGUGGACCUCUGACCCCUGCUAUGCGUUUUUUGGCGUGGACGGCACAGAGUGCUCCUUCCUCAUCUACCUCAGCGAAGUCGAGUGGUUCUGCCCUCCCCUGCCCUGGAGAAACCAGACAGCGGCUUUGCCUUCGCCCGGGCCGCUGCCCAGGGGGCAGGCAGCUUUCCGAAGCGACCUCGCUCGCCUCCUGGAGCUGGUGGGUACGGGCAAGGAGUCCCUCAUCUUCAUGAAGAAGAGGAUCCGGCACCUGGCUCAGCAGUGGCUGCGGGCGGCCCGGCGCCUGGAGCAGAAGCUGAAGGGCCGGCAGAGGGACCAGAAACAUAUCCUGAUCCAUAUCGGCUUCCUGACGGAGGAGUCGGGUGAUGUUUUCAGCCCGCGGGUACUGAAGGGAGGCCCACUGGGGGAGAUGGUGCAGUGGGCCGACAUCCUGGCUGCCCUCUUCCUCCUGGGACACAGCCUGCGGGUCACCGUCUCGCUCAAGGAGCUGCAGAGUAAUUUAGGGGUGCCUCCGGGACGGGGGAACUGUCCCUUGACGAUUCCUUUGCCUUUCGACCUGAUUUACACCGACUACCAUGGUCUCCAACAGAUGAAGCAGCACAUGGGGCUCUCCUUUAAGAAAUACAGCUGCCGCGUUCGGGUCAUCGACACCUUUGGCACGGAGCCGGCCUACAACCACGAGGAGUACGCUACACUGCGCGGCUACCGCACCAACUGGGGCUACUGGAACCUGCAGCCCACCCAGUUCAUGACCAUGUUCCCUCACACCCCCGACAACUCCUUCAUGGGCUUCGUGUCUGAGCAGCUCAACAGGACCGAGAGGCAAUUCAUCAAGUCCAACAAAGUGAGCAACAUGGCCGUGGUGUAUGGGAAGGAAGCCAGCAUCUGGAAGCUGCAGGGCAAAGAGAAAUUCCUGGCCAUCCUCAACAAGUACAUGGAGAUCCACGGCACGGUUUACUACGAGACGCAGAGGCCUCCGGAGGUGCCGGCCUUCGUGAAGAACCACGGCCUUCUGCCGCAGCACGAGUUUCAGCAGCUGCUGAGGAAGGCGAAGCUCUUCAUUGGGUUUGGGUUCCCCUACGAAGGUCCUGCCCCGCUGGAGGCGAUCGCCAACGGCUGCGUCUUCCUGCAGGCUCGUUUCAACCCUCCGCACAGCUCCCUUAACCACGAAUUCUUCCGGGGGAAGCCGACGUCGAGAGAGGUGUCCUCCCAACACCCAUACGCCGAAGACUUCAUCGGGAAGCCGCACGUGUGGACCGUCGACUACAAUAACUCAGAGGAGUUUGAAGCUGCUGUCAAAGCAAUCAUGAGGACCCAGGUGGACCCUUACCUGCCUUACGAGUACACCUGCGAGGGGAUGCUGGAGCGGAUUCACGCCUACAUUCAGCACCAGGAUUUCUGCACCAUGCCGUCUCCUCCUGCGCCUCCCAAGGCCAAGAGCCCUGCUAUGCAAAGCCCCCCGAGCCCGCUGGCCCUGGCCCCGAACGCCACGCACCUGGUGUGGACCUGCCAGCGGCGCGGGCUGGUCUGCGAGCCCACCUUCUUCAAGUUCCUCAACAAGAAGGAGGUGUUUCUCCAGCUCAGUAUCGCCUGCGACAGUACAGAGUAUGAGAUGAACCAUCUCUACCCGGCGGUGGCUGAGAACGUCCACGAGUGCUACCUCCAGAAGGAGCCAUUGCUGUUCAGCUGCGCCGGCUAUAACACCAAGUACCGGCGGCUCUGCCCGUGCCGCGACUACCGGAAAGGACAAGUGGCUCUGUGCAGGGACUGCUUGUGACUUGGCCCUGGCAGCGGGUGGUGCAACACGCAACGUGCAAUGAGUGGCUUUUUCUCAAAGCUUCUGCAAUAGCCUAGGAGGCGAGACGGGUCCCUGCCGUGGGAAGACUCGUGGUGAGCCGUGGAUGUCAGACUCUGUGGGUUGUUUCGUCUGCCAGUUGACUGUGAAUGCCCAAGUCCUGACGUUUCUUUUUGUUUCUUCUCGAGGCGCAUCAUCCUUCCCCAUCCAAACCCACCUGGACCGUGUUGGCGCUGGGACAGGG